AUGGUGGCAGCCGUAAGAUGCCUUGGAAGAGUCUUGAUCCAUCAUCAAAGACAUAAUCCUUCCAAGAUGGUUUAUCAGACAUUUCUUUAUCCUUAUUCUUUAAACAUUCAAGUGUCCAAUAGACAUUUUGCUGCUGCUACAAAGCCUGCAAAGAAAACAAAAAGAGAUACCAAAGGAGAAGCAUCAGAUGAAAAAAAGGAUGAGAUAGAAAAAAUAAAGUCAUAUCCCUACAUGGAAGGUGAACCUGAGGAUGAUGUCUAUUUAAAAUGUCUAUACCCAAGGCAGAUAUAUGAGGUGGAGAAAGCUGUUCAGUUCCUUAAGAAAUUUCAAAUUUUGGACUUUACUAAUCCAAAGCAAGGGGUUUGUCUUGACUUGACACUGGAUAUGGCACUGAGGAAAAAGAAUGCAUCAGAGAUUAAAAUAGCAGAAGAAAAUGGAGCUGCAUUUGCAGGAGGAACUAAUCUGAUUCAGAAGAUUCUGGAUGAUGAAAUUCAAGUAGACGUUUAUGUAGCUGUUACAGAAAUAAUGCCUGAACUUAAUCCAUUAAAGAAGAAACUGAAAAAAAAGUUUCCAAGGCUUGCUAGAAAUUCCAUUGGCCGUGACAUCCCCAAAAUGCUUGAAUUAUUUAAAACUGGACGUGAAAUUCGUGUAGAUGAGGAAAGAGAGAACUUUCUCAGUACCCAAAUAGCCACAUUGGAUAUGUCAAGUGACCAGAUUGCUACCAAUCUGCAAGCAGUUAUUAAUGAAGUCUGUAAGCAUAGACCUCUGAAUUUGUGUUUGUGUCCCUUUGUAGUACGUGCCUUCCUUCGUAGUGCAGUAAGUGAAGGUUUGCUACUAAAGAUUGAUCCAUUGCUGCCCAAAGAAGUAGAAACUAAAGAAAGUAACCAAGAAGCUGCCUAA